AUGACACCAACGUCAGCUACUGGACCAACAGCAACAACGGGCCCCAAUAAUCCCGUUGCCAUGAGCCAACUUGGUACUGUGUAUGCGACUAAACGGAGACGGAGAAACGGGAAGAGCUUGAAACCACCGCAGAAAGACGGCGUGACCAAGUCAAAUCCAAGCAAACGACACAGAGAGAGGCUCAAUGCUGAAUUGGAUACGUUAGCGUCGCUCCUUCCAUUUGAGCAAAACAUUCUCAGUAAAUUGGAUCGGCUAAGCAUACUCAGGCUCAGUGUCAGUUAUCUCCGCACCAAGAGUUACUUCCAAGUUGUAAUGCACAAAGAUAAAGAGGAAAAUUCUCACCGAGACACUCACUACCGUGCGCGGGAAAUGGCGGCGCUAGCAGCCUACGAUCAUCACCACCUCGACGGAGAGAUGUUCCUCCAAGCAUUGAACGGAUUCCUGUUGAUACUGACUUGCGACGGGGAAGUAUUUUUUGCCACGCACAGCAUAGAGAGUUAUCUAGGAUUUCAUCAGUCCGAUAUUGUUCAUCAAAGUGUCUACGAACUGGUCCACAGUGAGGACCGCGAAGAGCUCCAGCGUCAACUGAUGUGGAAUUCUUUUUUACCAGUUGAAAAUGCAAAUUUGCCCCUUCACGAUGCCCUCUCCCUCCAACACUGUCACCUACUGGAGCGAAGUUUCACCGUUCGCUUCAGGUGUCUGCUGGACAACACUUCAGGAUUUUUGAGAUUAGACAUUCGGGGGCGAGUCAAGGUGCUUCAUGGUCAGAAUAGAAAAACGGAGGAGCCACCGCUGGCUUUGUUCGCCCUGUGCACACCAUUUGGUCCGCCCUCGUUGUUGGAAGUGCCGCAGAAGGAGGUCAUGUUCAAGAGCAAACAUAAUUUGAAUCUGGCAUUUGUGUCGAUGGACCAGAGGGGGAAGAUGCUGCUGGGGUAUACGGACGCAGAGUUAGCUAAUAUGAGUGGAUAUAACCUGGUGCAUUACGACGAUAUGGCGUACGUGGCUAGUGCACAUCAAGAACUUCUUAAAACUGGUGCCUCAGGGAUGAUUGCGUAUAGGUAUCAAAUGAAGGACGGUGGAUGGCAAUGGCUGCAAACGAGUUCGAGGCUUGUGUACAAGAACUCUAAACCGGACUUUGUCAUAAGCACACAUCGACCUCUCAUGGAAGAAGAAGGUCGCGAUCUCCUCGGGAAGCGUACGAUGGACUUCAAGGUAUCGUACCUGGACGCAGGCCUAACGAACAGCUACUUUUCCGACUCGGAGAGCCUCACGGGUCCCUCCAUGGCGUCGACCCUGCCAGCCCAGCCGACCCCCCAACGCGUGAACCGUCGCUACAAGACCCAACUCCGGGACUUCCUCUCCACCUGCCGGAGUAAAAGAACAAAGCUCUCGAACCAGUCGCCAGUCUCGCCGCCAGCGACGCCGACGGUGGCGUCGGUGGACUACCUAGCAGCUGACACGAGUACCGCAGCAGCAGUGGCGGCAGCCUACAGCAACCUAAAUACAAUGUACCCAACCCCUUACGCGCCAGCAGCGGUGGCAACGACAGAUCCAUCCCUGACUACGUACAUAGGUCACACGGGUAACUACCACCAGACCCUCUAUCCCCCCGCAGCCCUGGACAACCGCUACCUCACAGCGACUGAGAAUCUCUUCCAGUAUCGCCCCUUAGGCUCGUACUAUCCGGAAUACCACACGCCAACGGCCUACAACGGGUUCAUAGAUGUCUCCUUGCCGACCUACGAUACCCACCAGCUGACCAAAACCGAGGACAGGCUCUACUGUCAACAAUUAGAAUCCCCCAAGUACAGUUACGUCGACACGAGACAUCCGAACAGCGUUGGGGGCUCCCCCUACGCUGCCAGUCCUGUGACGACAGCUGCUAUCCACCCAAAUACCGACAUCAACGUCAGAACUGGGAGCAGACACUCGCUAGAGGGCGCCUCCUCGAGUAAUUCAGCAGGAAGUUCACCGGUCACUGCAGCCAACGGCGUCAGGACCCCCAAAAUGGAGGAUGUCAAGCCGGAGGUCUACGGCAGUGAGGCCCCCAGACAGACUGUCCUCAUGUGGGGACCUCCACCGUCCAGAUCUCCACCCAGAAACAAUGGAACCUACAGCCCGCCAACUCCACAUUCCACACACUCCUCGCACUCCAAUAAUGCGAAUUCAAAUGUUGAUCCGCUCAAGAGUCUGGCCGAGAUGAACACCAUCAAUGGCGACUGCAAGUGGAAACAGCCCUCACCCAACAGCCAGACUGGACCCAUCAGUCCCAGGGGGAAGUCACAACAGCAUCAGCAGUACUCCGUCACUGCUGUGCAUUAUGGGAGUGGGGGGUACGGACAUCAUCAGGGACAUCAGCACGAGACGGGCUCCGAGGUAUGGCAAGGAGUACAACACCAUCACUACCAGUACUAUCCUUACCACCACCCCGCACCAAGGCACACGCCCCACACAUCACCAUCGCCGGUGGUAACGGGGACAGGCACAUCCAUGUCCACGGUGCAGGAAACCAACAGCACCAACAGCGUCUUGUAUCAUCCGUCACAUCACGCAACCUCCUCGGCUGCCACAAUGGUACCAGCUGCCUCGCAGAUACCAAACCGGACGCCGGGAGUCCUCUGUUGUCCAUCUCUGAGGUGACCAAUACUCUGCUCAACCAGUAGCAAUAAUGUGACAGCGCAUCAGUCCAAUGAUGAUCAAUGUUACCAUGUUCGAUGAUUUAUUAUGUUUGUAUCAUAUUGGUAAUGUGAGAUUUAUUUCUUCUGUCGAUUUUUGUUCUCUCCCAUUUUGUUUGUUACGUUUUUGGAGAAUUGAAAAUUACAUAUCAAAUGAGCGCAAAUGUCACGGAUUGUCAGGAAAUGGGUUGUGAAAAAUUUUGAGUAGAAUAUUUCAUGUCGGUGUAUUUGAUUGAAGAAAUAUUUAUCAUUGAGAUGAAUUUUUUGGAAAUUGUUCUGAAUCCAAAGGAGACAGCGACAUUUCUGUUGAGACAUUUUUUAUAGGGUUGAAUGAAAAUUUUGUCGUCUCGUUUGGAUCUCAAAUGUUCUCGCAGAAACUGAUUUU